AUGAUUACCAAAAAAACAAACGAAAACGGACAUGAAAAAAACGAGGAGCAAGAACAAGAUGACGAAGAAUUAAUUACACCAACUCGAACAAAUCUUAAAACAAUCUUGGAAGAAAAAGCAUUUAACAAAAACAAUAACGAAAAAAUAACCUUAGAAGGUCGUGAUGAUAGCAGUAGUGGCGGCAGUAAUUUAAUUACUGACAAUAUAUUAAAGAGAAGACCUUCUGCGCCUUCUAAACUAAAUGUUGAUACUAUAAAAAUUGAUCAAACAAAUUACAAUAAAACUAAGACCAACAAUAAUAUUGCCACAAAAACAAUUUCUACGUCGACACCUACAUCUCCGGUACUUUCUUUAGUGUCUCCAAAAAUAAUGAAAUUACGUCGUAAAUGGAAUCCUAAAACUAAUGGAUUAAAACCAGCUUCUCCUUUAAAUUCUUUGCCAAGAAAUGAACUUGAUAAAGAUUUACUAGCAAGAUUGGAACAACAAAAUUCUCAAUUACCUCCUCAAGGUUCGGCUGAAUUUUUGCUUGCAAGACUAGAAAAACAAAAUGAAUUGUUGGACAAAGAUCCUAAAUCAGUCAUUGACGAUGCAUCACAAUUGAAAUUAUUGUUAGAAGAACUUGCUAAUAACGACGAUUUUAUUAUGACGGAGGAAGAUAAAUCAAAGAUAAAUGAUUGGGAUUUUUGGUCUGCUCUGAUUCAAGAUUAUCCAUCCGUCGCAACCAAGUUGCCACAUUUACUUGCUGCUAAAUUACAAAAUGGCUGUCCGCCGAAACUAAGAAGUCUAAUCUGGCAAUCAAUGUCUCAAGCCUCCUCCACGUAUUUAGAAACAAUGUACGAGCAACUUUUGCCUGAAUCAUCUCCAUAUGAACGUAUAAUCCAACGUGAUCUGGCAAGAACUUUUCCUCACGUCGAAAUGUUUAAGGAAGAAAAUGGCAAAGGUCAAACCAUGCUAUGGAAUGUUUUGAAAGCCUACAGUCUUUAUGAUCCAUUAGUUGGCUAUUGUCAAGGUCUUGGCUUCUUGGUUGGUCCAUUGUUGAUGAAUAUGAAUGAGACUCAGGCAUUUUGUGUAUUUGUUAGACUAAUGGAAACUUAUGAUAUGAGAACAAUGUUCACGCUCAACAUGGAAGGCCUUCAACUAAGGCUCUACCAAUUUUCAUCUCUGCUAACCCAAAUCCUACCAAAACUCCAUGCUCAUUUCCAACUACAUGCUGUUCAACCAGCAAUGUUUGCAUCUCAAUGGUUUUUAUCACUGUUUGCUUACACUUACCCUCUACCGUUGAUUAUGAGAAUUUAUGACGUAGUGUUUGCUGAAGGCGCUCCUGAAACUAUUAUGCGGGUGGCCAUUGCAUUGUUGAAAAAGAACGAGGAACGAUUGCUGUCAUUUGGAGAAUUUGAAGAUUUGUUGGAUUUUUUAACUUCAAGACUUUACGAAUCUUAUGACAAUGAGCCUACAGGCCUGAUUAAAGAUGCAAUGGAAUUAAGUACUGCAAUCACCAAGGCAAAAUUAGAUCAAUUGGAUGAAUGUUAUGUUAAAGAGCUAGAGGAACAGAAGAAGCGAGCAGAGAAAUUGGUGGCAGUUAGAUUUAACGGAAGAUUUACAAUUGGUAAUAAUAAACAGUCCACCAAACACGAAAAGAAGAAAGAUAACAUUAAAAUUACCAAUAAUGCUACUAAUGAAGUUAAGAAACAUGAAAAGUCUAAACGUUGGUCUUUUACCAAUUUGCCAACCUCAAGAAUAUCUUUUAAUAAUAACAAUAGCAGCGGUAGCGAUAGUGUUAGCAGCAUAAGUAGUAUAACAAGUGAUAUUUCCAUCUCAUCAACUGACAACACUUCCUUCUCACCAAUCACCACAAACAAUUCAAGCGUACUGCACCAACAAAUAGAAGAUUUGGUGACUGCAUUAUCUGUAUUGCAAAAAGAACAUGUGGAUAUUACUGCACAAUUGGUAUCUAUUAAAAUGGAAAAAAUGGAUUUGGUCACCGAUAAUGAAAAUCUAAAGAAUCGACUUAGAGGUCUCGAAAAAGAAAAUAAAAGAAUAUCUUCAACGUUUUCAAUUAGUUCUGUUUCUUCAUUGUCGUCAUUAGAUAACAAUAAAAGGAACUCGUUGCCAAAAUUAUCACCUAGAAGAACUUCAUCGGAAGAUCCAGACAUUACACCACGUCCUUCAACUGAAUUAACGAUUUCACAUAAAGGAAUAACCAAAGUUGAAACCGACGCUGCUGCAAAACAAAAAGGGAAAAAAGUUUCAGAAAGAAGAUCAUCAGAAUCAGAUGUAGUCAAAAAUCCACAACGUAUUCCAUUAAUACCAAGUUUUGCUUCAAUGCCAAACGAAAUAACUGAUGAAUUAGUACAAACCAAAAUGGAAAAGUUCGAUUUAAUGCAGGAGAAUGAUGAAUUGAAUAGAAGAAUUGAAGAGUUACAAAGCUCUUUGGAGAUUUCUGAUGAGGCGCAAACCAAAUUAAAAGAAAAGAAUUCGUUUUUGCGUGAAGAAAUCGAGAGACUUAAAAAACGUAAAGUAUCGAAAGAUGCUAAAGAACUUAAAACUGUCAAAAAACAAAAUCAAAUUAUUAUUGAAACAACAACAACUACUACAGAUGAUGAUGAGGCAUCAUCAAAUUCGCAGGGUUAUCAAAUGGUUUCAAUAACAUGUAAUGGUAAAGAUUGUGAAGCAAGUAAACAAUUAAAAGGUUUGGAACAAGAUUUAAUAGAUGUUAAAUUGAAAUUGGCAGAAAGUGAAGGAUCAAAGGAUAUUCUAGCCUCUCAAUUGGACAGUUUAAGGUCAUUGGUAAAUACCCUCACUGAUAAUGAAUCUAACGAUGAUAAUAAUAAUAGUCGCUUUAUUACUAGGCAUAAAUUUAAUAGUUGUAAUAGUAGAGCAAAACCAGAUAAAAGAACAAGAACUUCUAGCAUUUCAAUUGCUUCAUUUUUUGGUGGUGGCGGAUCGUAA